ACCCUUCGUUGUGCCCAAGAAGAUUAUCGUUUUGCUAUUGCAGGUUUCGCUAAUUUUUAUCAACUAUGAUUAUUUUGCGAGGUCAGAGUCUCAGAGAGGAUCCAGGAAACAGUUUUUAAUAAAGCUUCUUCAAGUCUCUCUUACUGUGUUUCUCUAUAGUCUAUUAUACCGUAGGAGGAAACAUUGACAGUCAACAUAUAGCUCUCUCUCCGGUGUCCAUUGUGUCUUUGAUGUUGCAUUGCCCAUUGUGAGCAACAAGGCUAGAUUGUGUUUUGAUUGAGAAUGAAUUCAACUGAUAACGGCACGCACAAGGAAGAAGUUGAGGAAUCUAAUGGUGCUAAAGUGAACGGUCAAAUUCCUCUUGACAUAUCAGCAUCUCCAAAGACACUACUAAGGAAUGAAAACCAUCAAAAAAGGUUUUCUGAUACCUUAACUGCUCCUCUUAGUAGAAUAAGGCUCCUCAAGUUUGGCUCUGCAUCUGCCAGGUUCAAGCGCAUAGCUGAUGAGAGAGAUGAGAUUUCACGCUCUGUGGAUUCUUCAAGUGGUCACCGUUUCCAAGAACGCCUCAAUGGGGUUUUCGCUCGGAAAAUCAAUUGGGGUUCUCUCAUGAAACUGGGCAAAGAAUGGAUUAAAAACCCAAUGAAUAUGGCUCUGUUUGCAUGGAUCACCUGCGUUGCUGUUUCAGGUGCCAUUCUAUUCUUUGUUAUGACCGGAAUGUUAAACAGUGCGCUACCCAAGAAGCCCCAGAGGGAUGUUUGGUUUGAAGUAAACAAUCAAAUUCUCAAUGCAUUGUUUACUCUUAUGUGUUUGUACCAGCACCCAAAACGGUUAUACCACCUUGUACUUCUGUGCAGAUGGAAACCAGAUGACGUUUCUAAACUUAGAAAGAUUUACUGCAAGAAUGGGACCUACAAGCCCCAUGAAUGGACUCACAUGAUGGUUGUUGUUGUUCUCCUGCAAAUAAAUUGUUUUGCUCAGUAUGCGCUUUGUGGUCUAAACUUGGGGUACAGGAGAUCUCAACGGCCAGCCAUAGGAGUUGGAAUAUGUAUAUCUGUUGCAAUUGCUGCACCUGCUGCUGCUGGCUUAUACACGAUUAUUAGCCCCCUUGGUAGGGAUUAUGAUUCUCCAAUGGAUGAGGAAGCACAGGUUCGGACCGCCAGUGGUGAUGGGCUGAAUGUGACGAGAUUGAAAUCGUUACAGAAAAGAUAUUCUUUUGCAACAAGAGAUGAACAGCAGAUUGUUGAGAAUAGACCACGAUGGAGUGGGGGGAUUCUUGAUUUUUGGGAUGAUAUCUCUCUAGCAUAUCUCUCACUUUUCUGUAGCUUUUGUGUAUUUGGGUGGAAUAUGGAGAGACUUGGAUUUGGCAAUAUGUAUGUCCAUAUCGCCACUUUUGUUUUAUUUUGUAUGGCUCCUUUCUGGAUAUUCAUCUUGGCUGCUGUGAAUAUUGACAAUGAUGCUGUUAGGGAAGCUCUAGGUGUUACUGGGGUUGUUCUUUGUGCCUUUGGUUUACUCUAUGGUGGCUUUUGGAGGAUCCAAAUGAGAAAGAGAUUCAAUUUGCCUGCUUAUAACUUCUGUUGCGGUGAACCAGCAGUUGCUGACUGCACACUAUGGCUAUGCUGUUGUUGGUGUUCUCUUGCUCAGGAAGUGCGGACCGGGAAUUCCUAUGAUAUUGUGGAAGAUAAGUUCUGCAGGAAACAAAUGGACCAUGGUGACCCACUGCCGAUUUCACCUUUGCCUCGUGAAGAGGCAGUGGUUCAGUCCAUAUCUGGCCCAAGCUCUCCAAUGGGGAAUGGCACUAGCCCAUCCACGAUUCUUACAACUAGUUCUCCAAGCCCUAGUAGACUUUCAAAGGGAUAUUAUAGCCCAGAUAGGCUACUUUCUACAGUGAAAGAAGAGUUUUCUGCAGGAGGUAGGGAUGAAACUAUGACUCCACCAUCUACAUCGCGGAUACAAAGAGAACCAACCCACUGAGCCCAGUAGGUAAGGAAAAAUGUAAAAUUUAUAGUAUAUUGAUCUCUGUAAAAUUAUGUGAAACAUGGGUUUUGAGUGAAUCGGAUGCAACCAUGUUCUUUUUUUUCUUCCUUUUUUCUUUUUUUAUGUUGUUGAAGAUAUCUCUUUCUCAAUACCAUCAUUUUCCUUA